CUUCUUCUUCCCCAAUCGUGUUGACGAAAUUAGGCGUUUAUUGUUGAAUUAUGGCUUUCUAUUGUGGAAUUAGGCAAAAUGUAGGUAUGGUGGAGAUAUACUCUGUUGGUGGGAAGUGGAAACAAAAUGAAAAGCUUCAGUGGGUUUUCUUAGUAGACACAGCGAAAGGUGGAUCCCUUUGUGAGGUAGAUGAGUAUAUUUCAUACAAGGGAUUAGUUGAGAGUGUUAUUGAAGAUUUCGGACUUGAGAGUUUAGUCAAAGAUAUUUCGCUUAGCUAUGAACUUCCCCAAAGGAUGAAGUUGAUGUUAGAAGAUUCUCUACCAAUACAUAUUCGAAAUGAUCGCCAAGUUUGCACUUUCAUCAAGAAGAAACAAGGAGAUCCUGAAAUAAUUCGUUUGUGUGUAACGGAACUUCAUCGAUCAACUGGAAGUGACAUCUCAAAACCUCAUCCUUUAGUUGGAACUUCUUCUAUCUCUGCUGCACAUGAAAACCAGAAGGAACCUCAUCCUUCAGUUGGAACUUCUUUUAUCUCUGCUGCACAUGAAAACCAGAAGGAACCUCAUCCAUCAGUCGGAACUUCUUCCAUCUCUGUGCCAUAUAGUGAUACAUGUUCAACGGCUGAAAAAGGAAGAGGCAAUAAGUCAUUGGAUUUGCUUCAUGCUCCAGAUCGUAGUCCGAUUCCUAUAGGCGGUGUACAUUCAACACGAGGUGCUGAUGACAUAUAUGUUAAUAAUUAUUUCAUCAACAAGGCUGAGUUAAUGCAGAAGAUGAGGACAUGGGCGUUAGAGUAUAAGUUUGAGUUUAGAUGUUUGCUUAGUAUCAUCCCUGAUGCAGCUGAUUUGGUAUUUGUUUCUGAUCGUGCUCCAACCAUUACAAAAGCACUUUCAGAGUUGUAUCCGCUUUCCCAUCAUGGAAUCUGCACGUAUCAUCUCGGGAACAAUAUCAAACAAAAUUUGGCUGCAUAUUUAGAAGAGGCUGAUUUGAGGAAGUGGGCUCGAUGUUUUGCUCCGUCACACCGCUACAAUAUAAUGACAACAAAUAUUGCAGAAUCGUUGAAUUCUGUUUUAAAAGAACCUCGGGAGCUUCCAGUGCUUUCUCUUCUUGAGACUAUCAGGUUAACCUUAACCACCUGGUUUCAUGAACGUCGGGAAAAAGCUGCAAAACACAACAAGCGCCUUACACCUAUUGUUACAAAGGAGAUGGUCUUAAGGGAUAAAAAUUGCACUUGCUGCGUUGACAUCGACAAAAUCCCUUGCAUUCAUGCAAUUGCUGCUUCGAAGCGUACAAACAUGGAUGAAAACAAACUAGCAGAUGAUUUCAACUUGACAGAUACAUGGGCUAAAGCAUAUGCUGAGAGCAUACAUCCGAGUGGAGAUGCAAAGAAUUGGGUUUUUCCUGAUUCUAUAAUGGUUUUUCUGUGCACCUCCAGAAACUAAGAAAAACAUUAAAGACGUAAUCUUCAAAUUUAUUUUAGGACUUCUUUUCAGUAUUUUAGGAAGGCCUUCCCGAAACUACGAUUUUCAGGCAUUCGAUUUUUGUUUGAUCCUCUAAUAAUUCGAAUGAUAUCUUCAUAUGUAGUAGUGAUGUUAUUUGUUUGAAAUAAAAGCUAUGACCUACU